UAUAAGAGCUCAUCUGUAGCUUUGUGGCUAGGUUGGCAGUAGGUUGUUUUCUUGAUAGCCGCCCGGGGUUCCCACUCGUCGCCGCUGAACUCCGCCACUGCAAAAUCGGUCAUUACAGCGGCACUCCAGACGGACUAUAGGUUACAGAUGGACCAGCAGGACCAGUCCUAUAUGUUUGCCAGUCUGAAACGGCCUCACUCAGAGCAGUUGCUGCAAGGCCUCCAGCUCUUGCGGCAGGAUCACGAACUAUGUGACAUUGUCCUGCGUGUGGGUGAUGCCAAGAUCCAUGCCCACAAAGUAGUGCUGGCCAGCAUCAGCCCUUACUUCAAGGCCAUGUUCACGGGUAACCUGUCAGAAAAGGAGACCUCUGAGGUGGAAUUCCAGUGCAUCGAUGAGACUGCCUUGCAGGCCAUUGUUGAGUAUGCCUACACUGGCACGGUGUUUAUCUCCCAGGAAACCGUGGAAUCUCUACUACCGGCUGCCGACUUACUCCAGGUUAAGCUAGUACUUAAGGAGUGCUGCUCCUUCUUAGAGAGCCAGCUGGAUGCUGGAAACUGUAUAGGCAUCUCCCGCUUUGCAGAGACGUAUGGCUGUCAUGACCUGUGCCUGGCUGCAACUAAGUUUAUCUGUGAGAACUUUGAGGAAGUUUGUCUGACAGAGGAGUUUUUCGAACUGACGAGGGCUGAGUUGGAUGAAAUCGUGUCCAAUGACUGCCUUAAGGUUGUCACAGAGGAGACUGUGUUUUACGCUCUGGAGUCGUGGAUCAAAUAUGAUGUAACGGAGAGACAGCAGCAUCUGGCUCAGCUGCUGCACUGUGUUCGCCUUCCACUGCUCAGCGUCAAAUUUCUCACUCGCCUAUAUGAAGCCAACCACCUUAUACGAGAUGACCACGCAUGCAAGCACCUGCUCAACGAGGCCCUCAAAUAUCAUUUUAUGCCUGAGCACCGGCUCUCCUAUCAGACUGUGUUGUCGGCGAGGCCCAGGUGUGCCCCGAAGGUGCUGCUUGCAGUAGGAGGCAAGGCUGGACUAUUUGCAACAUUAGAAAGCAUAGAAAUGUAUUUCCCUCGGACAGAUUCAUGGAUAGGACUGGCCCCUCUCAGUGUACCCCGAUAUGAGUUUGGAGUCGCAGUGCUGGACCACAAGGUGUACGUGGUGGGAGGCAUCGCCACACACAUGAGACAGGGCAUUAGCUAUCGGAGACACGAGAGCACAGUGGAGAGCUGGGAUCCCAAGAGCAACACUUGGUCCUCGGUGGAGUGCAUGGUCGAGUGCCGCAGCACACUCGGGGUGGUGGUCCUGGCGGGCGAGCUGUAUGCCCUCGGAGGAUACGACGGCCAGUACUACCUCCAGUCGGUGGAGAAAUAUGUCCCCAAGUUGAAGGAGUGGCAUCCUGUGGCACCCAUGACUAAGUCCCGCAGCUGCUUUGCCACCGCCGUGCUGGAUGGCAUGGUGUACGCUAUUGGAGGCUAUGGCCCAGCCCAUAUGAACAGCGUGGAGAGGUACGACACAAGCAAGGAUGCCUGGGAAAUGGUAGCCCCCAUGGCAGACAAGAGGAUCAACUUCGGAGUGGGCGUCAUGCUCGGUUUCAUAUUUGUGGUGGGCGGACACAAUGGAGUGUCGCACCUGUCUAGCAUUGAGAGGUAUGAUCCACAUCAGAACCAGUGGACAGCCUGUCGGCCAAUGAAUGAACCGCGCACUGGUGUGGGCUCUGCCAUCGUGGACAACUACCUCUAUGUGGUGGGAGGUCACUCCGGGUCAUCCUACCUAAACACUGUCCAGCGCUAUGACCCCAUCUCGGACAGCUGGUUGGACUCGACCGGCAUGAUGUAUAGCCGUUGCAACUUUGGUCUGACUGCCCUUUGACCCAUGGCCCAGCCAGCUAGGACCCAAUAAGAGAACUUAGACACAAAGACGUUUCUUUUUUGUUGUCUCCUCCUCCUUCCCCACAUUCAUCCUCCAGGUGCAGAGGAGCGCUGCACACCACCGUGAGCACCAGAGGAGAGAGAGAGAGAAAUAGUGAGUGAGCUUGCUGGGUGGAUGAAUGUGCCGGGGCUAGCUGGCCGGCUAGAGGGAGACCACAGACGUGGCUUCAGAGAUGAGGAAAGAGCUGCAAAGUGGUGCGGAACAGAGGAAGAGGAUUGGACGCCUGUUGUCACGGGUACGAGGAGACGACCGCUCUACUGCUGCUGGACCACAACGAGGACUCUGAGCCAUUUCCCCAGAGGAUUGUUGGAGAAAACGUGUCACUUUUUGUUAAAAAAAAUAUUUUAUGUUAGCAGACAUUUCUAUGUUUUCCUUCAUGCCAUUAAUUGUGUUUAACACUUUAUUAUUAUUUUUUAUUAAUUUCCCUGCUGCAACUGGAACCACAUGUUCAGAUUUUGUAGAACACUGCAGUUUGCCGGUGUAUUUGUAUGGGUAUGUGGUUGUUGGCCAUGUAGUGUGUAUGUCCGUGUGUAUGCUCGAGGGGUACAUGCAUGUCAGAUAGGAUUGUUUGUUUUGUUACGUGUCCGGGUGCAGAGCUGAUGCUCGGGCUCAGCGACGCAGGAGUUCUGCAUCAAAAUCAGUGCUUCACAAAAAAGAGAAAAGUUGGAAUCUUUAUAUUUUCAAAAAGGGCUGCCUUUUUCUCUCUUGUAAAUAGUCUAAAUAAAAUAUAUAGAUAUGAAUAUA